GACGCCGAUGAGGGCCGCCGGCGACGAGAGGACAACACGGUGGAUAUUCGAAAGAGCAAGCGAGAGGAGAAUCUGAUGAAGAAGCGGAGAGAGGGGAUGCAAUCGCAAGCGUUCUCUCAGUACUCGGCGGUCGAGGAUAAGGUUACGCUAGAGAGCUUGCCGGCGAUGGUGGCGGGAGUUUAUUCGGAGGAUCCGAAGGUGCAGCUUGAGGCGACGACGCAGUUCAGACAAUUGCUGUGUAUAGAAAGCAGCCCACUAAUAAAGGAGGUUAUCCAGGCCGGUGUUGUUCCUCGUUUCGUGGGAUUUCUUCUAAGGGAGGAUUACCACCAACUUCAGUUUGAAGCUGCUUGGGCGCUUACCAACAUAGCAUCUGGUUCAUCAGAGAACACCCAAGUUGUGAUUGAUCUUGGGGCUGUUCCAAUAUUCAUCAAGCUGCUUAGCUCCCAAAGCGAUGAUGUCCGUGAGCAGGCAUUAUGGGCAUUGGGCAAUAUAGCUGGCGAUUCACCAAAAUGCAGAGACCUUGUCCUCGCAAAUGGGGCAUUGCACGCCCUCCUGGCUCAUUUGAAUAACCGUUCUAAGCUCUCAAUGUUGCGGAAAGUGACAUGGACUUUGUCCAAUUUGUGUAGGGGGUAUCCCAGACCAGCUUUUGAGCAGAUACGACAAGCUCUUCCAGCCCUUGCAUAUCUUAUUCAUUCAAAUGAUGAGGAAGUUCUUACUGAUGCAUGUUGGGCACUUUCUUACUUGUCUGUGGGCACAAAUGACAAAAUCCAAGCUGUAAUUGAUGCUGGCGUUUGCCCUCGGCUUGUGAAACUUCUAUUGUAUGUACUAGUAUCUCUUAUGGGCCCUGAUGCUCUUGUUGAUGGCACGGUUGGUAACAUAGUUACUGGUGAUGAUGUGCAGACGCAGGUCAUUAUCAAUCAUCAAGCACUUCCUUAUCUUCACCGACUUUUAAUAAACUACAAGAAAAACAUCAAGAAAGAAGCUUGCUGGACCAUUUCAAACAUAACAGCUGGAAACGAGGAUAAGAUACAGGCUGUAAUUGAUGCAGAUAUCAUUGAUACUCUUGUCCUUUUACUGCGAACUGCUGAAUUUGAUAUUAAAAAAGAAGCAGCAUGGGCCAUCUCAAAUGCUACAUCUGGUGGUACACAUGAUCAACUGAAGUUUCUAGUCAGCCGAGGCUGCAUUAAACCCUUGUGUGAUCUUCUUGUUUGCCCAGACCCAUUAAUUGUCAGGGUUUGUCUUCAAGGACUUGAAAAUAUUCUGAAAGCUGGUGAAGCUGUGAAGAACCAGGGAACCACUGGAGGUGUGAAUUUCUAUGCUCAGAUGAUUGAGGAUGCUGACGGUGUAGAGAAGAUUGAGAAUCUCCAGAGCCAUGAUAACACUGAAAUCUAUGAGAAAGCUAUGGAAGUCCUUGAAACUUACUGGUUGGAAGAAGACGAAGCUGAAGUAAGAUCCCAUAGAGACGCAGCUCAAACUGGAGUCAACUUUGGUUACACAGAGAUUCAACUUCCUUCUGGUGGGUUCAACUUCAGUUGAAUGGUGUGCAGGGUCUUUGUUCUUGAGAUGCUGAAGGAUGCCGUCACUAGUCCUAUGGUGCUGUGGCUCUCUUGGCCAAAGCCAGGAAGAGUCACGAAAAGUCGUGUCAUGUCGGUUUGGAUCCUGUAUCAGGUGUGGGUCAAGUUCCGGGAUCGGUUGUUUUGGGGUUUGGUACAAUAUAAAAGAGGAUGAUUUCUAAUGAUCGUUUGUUAUCUGAGUUGUGGUGGUGCAUGCAAUGACUGAUGGAUAGCCUGCUUGAAAAUA